AGCUGAACAACGCUGCUGAAACUCAAAGCACACUCGCACUCGGUUUCAUUUUCAGUUGUUUCGAGCGUCGAGCCUAGUAGGCCGUGCGCGAGGUUUGCUUGAUUCUAUCCACCAGUCCACCGCACUCUCGAUAUCGUCGUCGCCAAUUUGCCUCGAAAGCCGAAACCACAGACAAUCAAGCAAGCAAUUUGCCGAAUCCAGACAGGAAAAAUCGUUUUUUCCCCGCCUGUGGUUGGUUUUCUUCCAGUUCGCGAAAAUUUGACGACGAUGCGCCCAAACCGGAAGCAGAGCAAGAAGAAAAGUGGCCACCGGUAACUCGCACUAUCGAAAUGAAUGACAAAUAUCUGUGAUGUGCUGGAUCAUCAUCGUCAUUAACAAGUCCGAAUAAUAAAAAUCGCACUCAGUGAGUGACUAGAUGCAUUUAGCGAACCCUCGCGCACUCCGUUGUUUCUUUGUCCAAACAAAACAUUGUCGCGAAAAACAAAAGACGCAACCACAAUGGACUCUAAAAUGUUAACCCGCGUGUGUUGUUCAUUUGUUGCGCGGUGCCGAUUUCGGGGUUGUUUUGUUUUGUUUUAUUUGUUAAUCGCCCACUUUGACCGGUGUGAAUGCUUGAAAAAUGACAUUAGGAUUUUUAAAAGAGAGGCUCUUGAUGGAAACCUGCAAGACUAUUUAACGAAUUUUGGCUACAUGCCCAAGUCGGCAGAUGGCGCGUUUGCUUUGAGGACAGAGGAAUCGAUACGGAGUGCUAUCAAAGAGAUGCAGGAAUUUGCUGGAGUUCCCGUUACUGGAAAGCUAGAUGCCAGGACGAUGAAACUGAUGAAAACGCCCAGAUGCGGCUUACCCGACAAAGAAAUCGGACUUACAUCAGGCAGGCGGAAAAGAUACUCAAUUCACGGCAUGAAGUGGCCUUAUACGGACCUAACUUGGAGCUUGAGAACAAAGCAAUUAGCAGAUGGACUGGAUCCGUACGAAGUCAGAUUCGUCAUAUCGAAAGCUCUGGCCGUCUGGUCCAAGCACUCGAAACUGACUUUUACGGAGGUGGAUAGCGACAAAGCUGAUAUCUUGAUUUAUUUCUACAGGAGAGAGCAUGGGGAUAAUUUUCCUUUCGACGGGAAAGGAGUGAUUCUUGCCCAUGCGUUUUUUCCUACCGGAAUUCGAAACAGCGUCGACGUUCACUUUGAUGCCGAUGAAAGCUGGACAACUUCUGGAGACAGUGAACAGGGUACCAAUCUAUUUAACGUGGCAGCACAUGAAAUAGGACAUUCGCUGGGACUUUCUCAUUCCAAUGUGGAGGGCGCGCUCAUGUACCCCUGGUAUUCUGAGAUGAAGGAUGGAUUCGAGUAUGAACUGCCCGAUGAUGAUAAAUUGGCAAUACAAUCCUUGUAUGGAUUCCGAGGAGAUAGACAAUGGGGACGAAUUCCUCAAUACCAUCCUCCGCCUCAACCUCCCACUACAACUACGACAACUACUACGACUACGACCACUACCAGCCCUCCUCAAAGAGCUUAUCCGAGGAGUCGGUACAAUCCCAGGUAUCAUAAAGGAAGGCAUCCGACGUACAACAAACCGGAGAAGAACCCCUAUAAACCGAUGAACCCGGAGAAAAAGCCCCAUCAUAAUCAUGGCACUCAUGGAACUGAUAGGCUUUAUCCCAACGACAAACGUCCUUAUACAGGUCACCACAAUCCGCCAACGGAUCCUCCCUACAUCAAACCGACGAAACUGGUUCCAAAACAUUUCCACACGACGCAUAGACCGACUGAAAGGACCGCAACUUCUUCACCGAAGGAAUAUCCGAACGGUGAAACUCCGCCGGAUACUUGUGAUACUUCCUACGACGCAGUGGCUGUGAUAAGACGCGAACUUUUUAUAUUUAAAGAUAAGUACUUCUGGAGAAUUGGAGACAACGGUCAAGUGACUUCCGGCUAUCCGGCAGAGAUCAAUCGUCUGUUCCGAGGCUUUCCCAAGACCCUCACGCAUGUGGACGCAGUUUUCGAAAGGGCUGAUGGAAACAUCGUUUUCUUUGUUGACGAUAAGUUCUACUUGUUUUCGGGAGUCAGUUUGGUGCCCGGGUACCCAAAGCCUCUUACCGAACUAGGUUUACCUAACAAUUUGAAGAAAAUUGACGGGGCGAUGGUUUGGGGCCAUAAUGGAAACACUUAUUUCUUUAGCGGGAAAGACUACUGGAAGUUUGAUGAUAACGAACAAGAAGUAGAGAAGGAUUAUCCGAGAAAAAUUCACCCAAUGUGGAAAGGAGUCGGGACAGACAUUGAUGCGGUCUUUCAAUGGAAGGAUGGUAAAACCUACUUUUUCAAAGACAAGGGAUUCUGGAAAUUCAACGAUAUCCGCAUGAGAGUCGAUCAUUACGAGCAGAAGCUGUCGGCACCCGUUUGGAUGGGUUGCAAACACAACUUCGAACAGAACGACCUCAACCAGAAACUUCCCUACACCGAUAGAUCGGGAGGAUCAGCCCUGAGCUCAGUUAACCAAUUGCCGUUCAUUUCCUUUGUAGGAUUGCUGUUAGCGAUCGUUCAUUUAUUAUAGGAUACAGUUUGAGGUGAAAUUGAUUGUGAUAAAGCAAAAAUUGGGUAUUUUUGUAAGUAGGUAUGUAAGUCUGUUUUUGUUUGCAGAAAAACUGUUUUUUUGUUUCCCGAAACAGUGAAAUGUCAUUUAAAGACCAAUAAAAUUAAUUAAUUUAGUGCCAAAUACUCAAUUUAAAAAGUCUCGAACCGCUCAUAUAAGUAGCAAACUUUUCAGCCUCGAUUAAUUAAAUCUAUUUGUAGUUAUGCAUUUUCCUGUAAAAUUAGGCCGCUGUGCAAUAACGAAAAUCGUCCGAUUUGAUUUGAAACAAUUGGUUUAAUUGCCAUUUUCAUACACAUUAACUUACUACGCUUUAGAACUGCACUGAUGGGCAAACAGGUUCAACCAUUUAAAAUCUCAUUUUGCAUGUAAACAACGCAUGCCUAUCAGUGUACUAGAUAUCAUUUUUUUUAAGUUAUCAUAGGGAAACUGACGAAAAUUAAAACCUACUAAGUCAUUAAGACUGAGCCAGAAAUAAUACUAACAAGCAAUUGACCUGCUUUUCACUGCCUUUUAAUUAGCAAUCGCAUCAAAAAUACGUUUGUGAUACUCGCGAUCGCAAAUGAAUCUACCAUCAUGUUCUAUGAUUUUUAAACUUUAGGCGUUUAAUUUCUGUGAUAUUUUUUAUAACCAUUUUUUAAAACUUGUAUACUUAGCCUGUAGUCAUGCGUAUCACGAGAUUUAUUUACUGCAUUUGUAAUAUUAAUUUCACCGAUUAACUCUGAAGAUACACUGUAUUGGAAAUGUCCUGCUUAGGAUAUUUUAGUUUUGGGGUAAAUUUCUAAUUGAGCCAAUCAGCCAAACAAUCUGGCUUUACAUGAUUAUCAGAAUAAAUACCAUUUCAAUUUGUAAUUUAAGAACGUUUUAGUUCUUGUACAGAAUAACUAUAUUAGAAUUAGCCUUCGCCACUGCUGGUGAGUAUUGUAAAACCUACAAGGUUUAUAAAUAGAGCAAACUUUCUGAAUUUAGUGCCCAUCAAGUUACCGAAAGUAAUUAGCUGCACUAACAAUUCCUGGUGAUUUUGUGGACUUUUGAAGGGCACUUUGUAUGUAUAUACGAAACCACAUAUUAGAAUAUAACAUAUUUAUAAAAUCCUAUUCAUUAAAAAAUAAUUUUUUAAU